UUGACAAAAUCUCUCUUCAACCAACAUAUCUGCCAUGGAAGAAGAACAUGAAGAAGCCCCAAAGCAGCAAAAGGAAAAUGGGGUCUCAGUCUCAGCCAACAAACAAAGCAAGUUGAAGACCAAAUGCAAGUUCGUUGGGGUGAGACAGAGGCCAUCAGGGAAGUGGGUGGCAGAGAUCAAGGACACAACAAAGAAUAUAAGAAUGUGGCUGGGAACAUUUGAGACUGCUGAGGAAGCUGCUCGAGCUUAUGAUGAAGCUGCUUAUCUUCUUCGCGGCUCCAACACCCGAACCAACUUCUCCACUCACGUCCCUUCCAAUUCUCCACUCUCUUUGAAAAUCAGAAACCUCCUCAACCACAAGAAAAGUUUGAAUUUGAAGCAAAAACAAAGCCCUCCACCAACCCCCAACAGCAGCUUAAAAUCCACCCCUAUAGCUGCUACAACUACUAGAAUUAGUUCUAGCUCUAGCAUUUGUAGCGGCAAUAUUCAAGCGUUUAGUGACAUUUCAUCAGCCAACUGCAAUGCUAAUUCUAGUUCUUCUCUGCCUUGCUACAAAAUCCAGGACAUUCAAGCGUUUGAUGAUGCAUAUAGACCAGACCUUAGCAACUGCAUUGGGGAGCUUCAACCGGCUAUGUUUCAUUUGGAUCAGUCAUGGCCGUUCCUAGCUGGGUUUGAUCAGCUUCCACUAACCCAUGAAGGGAUGGACUUAACAAAAGGCAUUGGUAAUGUUGCAGCAGCAGAGGCAGAGGUGAUGGAGUUUGAGCGCUUAAAGGUAGAGAGGCAGAUAUCAGCUUCGAUUUAUGCAAUGAAUGGAGGGAAUGAGCAUGUGGUCAAUGAGUACGAUGGAAGUGAUGCUUUAUGGGAUCUUCCUACUCUCUCGCAGUUGUUCUGCCUUGGCUGAUGUGAUGUGAUGAUGGUUGGCUGGCUGGCUGCUAAUCUUUUCCUCUCUUUUCUCUGAGUUUUAUAGUUUUGAAUGAGUCAGUCUCUUGAGAGAAAUCAUGUUUAGAGCAAGGCUCUUCAAAGCAUGAAAAUUCUAGGAACCUGUAUGAUAUUAAUAGUUUGUAAUAUAAUUAUCUGCUAUUGCGGAUUUGUUUCA